AUGCCGACUCUCCGUUUAAUCCUCAUCCGCGCGUUUCCCACAGUCAUCAGCACGAUACAAGGAAGCACUCAGAGAAACAGCAAGAACUAUCAUGGAAGUGGAAGUCGUGGCACAAAAGGAAAUGUCGACAUGAUAAGGAGUGUCAAAAGUGGAAAAGAGAGCGUGAUCGUUGACCGGAGCACGAUUACAUAUACUAGGACGUUUGAUGUGCGGCAUGAGGAGAACAAUGAUGAGGCUGAACUUGUGCAUAUGGAAGAGUUCAGCGAGAAGGCAACAAGGGAGCGAGAGGAUAGCUACAGUAGUGAACUGAGGUUGUAG